AUGUAUUUAUAGAAUUCCAAUUACAAAAUACUCUAGAAUAUAGGCUCUGGAUCUGGCCAUUAAGUCUUUUAAGUUCAGAAUAUUUCAAACUCUCAAAAUUUAGCCUUAAAAAUAGAAAAAAAUUCUAAUCUUGGAUAAUUAGAAGUAGAAAUACAAAAACUUAAAGAGCUUAGUGGAAUUAAUGGUAUUCCAUAAUUAAUUGAUUAUGGAAAAACUAAAGAUUUAAAGUAAAUAUGAUCAUAACUUUAAUUAGAAGUUAUUUAAUCACUCCACUAUUAUAAAGAAAUCUUCAAGACAUAUUAAAAGAAAGUUUCAUUUCUCUUUUUAGUACUUUAGCCAUUGGAUUAAGUUUAAUUGAAAUUUUGCAAUAAGUUCAUAAAAAAGGCAUUUUACAUCUUGACAUAAAACCAGAAAAUAUAAUGAUAUCAUAACCUUAUAUUAACGUUCCAGUUGAUUAAAUUCUUACUCCUGGCUUUAUUCAACUAAUUGAUUUUGGUUUAUCUUAAAAGUUAGGUCAGAAACCUUUUUUAAAUAAAGUUUUCGUUGGCUCUUUAAGAUAUGCCAGUAGAUAAGCUCAUAAAGGAAAUAAACUUGGUUAUAAAGAUGAUUUAGAAAGUCUACUUUAUGUCUUAGUUUAUUUAAGAGAUUGUAAAUUUUUAAUAACUGACAUUUUUAGAGAAGCUGCCUUGGGAAUCCUUAAAAUAAUAAUAAUCUUAACAAUUAGAAAUAAGAAAAAUAGGAGAAAUAAAAGAUGCUAUAUUUAAUACAACAAUUCUUUCUUAAAAAUUUCCUCCAUAAUUUUAAUAGUUUAAAUCGUAUAUUGAUUCUUUAAACCAAUAGA